AUGGCCGGGAAAUACGCAAAUGACCCAGUAUGGGCCUCUGUGACUCCAAUCCCACUGGAUGAUGGUGAAGAUGCCGAUGCUAUGCCCCUGGCUUCCAUUGCCUACCCUACCGAGUACCUCGAGGCAACAUCUUACCUGCGGGCCGUGAUGGCUGCCAAUGAGAUGUCUGAUCGGGCUUUGGACUUGACUAAGGAUGUUAUCUCCAUGAACCCUGCUCAUUACACUGUCUGGAUCUACCGCGCCAGAAUCCUCUUCGCAAUGGAUAAAAAUAUCGAAGAAGAGGUUGCUUGGUUGAACCAAGUAGCUCUUAAAUACCUGAAAAACUAUCAAAUCUGGCACCAUCGCCAAGUACUCAUGUCCUCCCGCCGACAUUUCCCUACUCUCCCACCCAAGGAACUAGACUUCCUUAUGGAAAUGUUCGCCCAGGACAGCAAAAACUACCACGUCUGGACUUACCGUCACUGGCUCGUCCGCCACUUCAAGCUAUGGGAUCUCCCCCGUGAAAUCGAAGACGUAAAUGUCCUCCUAAAAGCUGACGUCCGCAACAACUCCGCCUGGAGUCACCGGUACACGCUCCGAUUCGGCCCUCGCGCUGAUAACGAGCAUGACGCUGGUAUGGUCAAUGCAGGCGACAUGUCGACCACUCCAGCUGAGAAGGGCGUGUUGGCUGUUGUCGAUGAGGAUAUGAUUGAUGGGGAGCUAGCGUUUGCGCAGGAGGCUAUUGUGCGGGCGCCGGAGAACCGUAGUCCGUGGUGGUACGCUCGGGGGGUGUUGCUUGCAUCUGGUAGGAGUCUGAGUGAAUGGGAGGAGUUUGCGGGAAAAUUUGUUAUUUCGGAGGAUCUUGUUAAGAGUUCGCAUGCUGUUGAGUGGUUGGCCGAUGUUUAUGCUGCUGAUGAGAAAAAGGGGAAGGCUGUUGAGAUGUUCGGUUUGCUGGAGAAGUAUGAUCCGAUUCGGAAGAAUUACUGGUAUUAUCGAGUUAAGCAGUUGGGGGAGAUUGCUGUCUAG